AUGCGCCUCAUUAAUACCCUACUAGUUCUUUUAUUUCUAGUGACAGUCAUUAUUGGAGUAUGCAGAUGUCCACCGACUUCCCCUGCUGCAGGCUCCGCCAAGGAAGCCACUCCAUCCGCUCCAAAAGACGCGGCUCCCAAGGAAGCCAAGGCAGCUGCUCCUGAUGCUAGUGCCAAAAAAGAGGCAACUCCCUCUACCGAUGCUAAGAAAGAGACCAAGGAGGCAGCCCCAGCUGUAAAGGAAAGCGCAAAGCCUUCUUCUUCUUCUUCUGCGGCACUAAAACCAUCAUCGUCGUCGUCUUCGUCCUCAUCAUCAGCAUCAAAGUCCUCUGCGGCAAAGCCUAGUCCAACAUCUUCUAGCUCCGCCUCAAAAUCGAGCACUACGGGUUCUUCUUCCGCAUCCAAAUCAACCACGUCUUCUAGUUCUUCCGCAUCCAAGUCAAGCUCUUCUUCGAGUUCUUCCGCAUCGAAAAAACCAAAAACAACAACCACGUCGAUAUCCAAGCCUCCUAAGACAACAACCUCUUCAACAGUCUCAAAAACAACUUUGCCCAAAACUUCUACAGCGUCAGGAAGUCAAUCGUCAGCGGGAAAGUCUUCUGCAUCAAAAUCAUCAUCUACAUCUACAUCUACAUCUUCAGCCUCCCAACUAAAGACAUCAACGCCCAUAACAAAAAAUGCUACUUCAUUAUCGAAGGCGAUUCCGACUACAACGAAUACCCUCUCAAAUGCAACACUGGCAACUAAGAAUGCUUCCUCAACCGCUUUGCAUACAUCUUUGAACGCUUCUGAAAGCUCCUCCGCCACCCAUAAAGCCAAGAUUGGAACGGUAAACUCCACCAUGGGAACGGUAAACUCCACCAGGGGAACGGUAAACUCCACCAUGGGAACGGUAAACUCCACCAGGGGAACGGUAAACUCCACCAUGGGAACGGUAAACUCCACCACGGGAGCUGUAAAUUCCUCGACGGGAGCUAUACCUACCGUCGUGGCUGGGUCUGCUCUUGCUGUUGCUGCUGCCGCUGCUGCCGGUGGUGCUUCUGCGCACGAAAAGAGCUCGGCAUCGUCUCUCAAUACUACAACGUCGCUUAAUACCACUUCGUCUAUGGGCACAACUGGACAAAUAUCUAGUACACCCUCAUUUAAUGCAUCGACACCUAAUACUACUCUACAUAGUAACGGGUCUUAUGGCGCAAAUACGUCUCAAUCCGCGCUAAAUUCCUCCACGGUUGAUUCAAAUCGUACUCUGGCGAUAAACGAUACCAAUUCAUCAAACGGAACCUCUUCUCUUGGAGCAACGGGAAUAGGAUCUGUGAAUAACAUUUCCACUUCUGGAAGUUCGACGGCUGCCGGAAACAUUAGUUCAUUAGAUGGAUCGUCUGCCAUGAAUACAAGUACUGCCGGCGCAUCUGCCAUGAAUACAAGUACUACGGACGCAUCUGCCAUGAAUACAAGUACUACGGACGCAUCUGCUAUGAAUCCAAGUACUGCCGGAGCUUCUGCCAUAAAUGCAAGUACUACGGAUGCAUCCUCCAUGAAUUCAAGCGCUGCCGGCGCAUCGGCAAUGCCAAUUUCUUCAGAUGCGACAUCAAACUCGCAGGUCUCAUACGGGCCACCAUCGACUACGCCACCUGUUAUCGCCGAUAGCGUUGGUCCCUCGAAUCCUCUUCCACAAUACCAACAAGGUGCUACCUUUGAUCAACAGCCCCCUUUUUCUACUGAUCAGUUAGGAGGAUCUGCUUCAGUCUCAACCCCCUAUGAUCAAGCUAGCACUGGUUUGAUUAUGGAUUACGGCCAAGAACAAACCGCAUACCUUUCCCCUGUUUCUGAAGAUGAUCAAUCGAACCUCACACUAGAGAGUGAUCAUCCGAUUUCUGUAGCUGAUGAGGGUUCCCAAGUGUUUCCCGAAGGCAUGAUGUGGAUGCCCUAUGCCUCGCCCUGCCAUCUGUUCGGCAAGCAUCUUGGAGCGUGGGAAUGCCCCUCUACUGCAGCACCUCAUAAUCUUUCUGUCGAUCUUUCUAGCUGCCCAUGCAACUGA